AUGGCGGUGGCACCGGCGGACGCGAAGGCGGAGGCAGCCAAGAUGGACCUCCUCGAGGACGACGACGAGUUCGAAGAGUUCGAGAUCGACCAAGAAUGGGAUGAUAAGGAAGAAGGCAAUGAAGCCGUCCAGCAGUGGGAGGAUGAUUGGGAUGACGAUGACGUGAAUGAUGAUUUCUCGCUGCAGCUGAGGAAAGAGCUGGAGGGAAGCAACGCCCAGAAGAGCUGA